CAGCUCGACAUGAUAGUUCGCGAAACUGUUUUUGGAAUGAUGUGGAAAAGAACGUAACGAAAAACAAAUAAGCAACAAUCAACGAAAUAAACAACCUAGCAUCAACAUUCCUAAAGACGUUAGUUUUAACACUUCAACCAUGACAAGGCUCAACAGUGUCGACGAAACUACGGAGUGCGAAGCAGGAUAUAUACCCAGCGAACUUCCGGUGGACCCCGACGACAGUCUGCAAAUAGCAAAGCUAGAAUGGCCGCCCGAUAACGUGCUUGUGAUGCAAGAAUUAAUUAUCCCACAAGAGAGCGAGCCUGACAUUGCUAAAGUGUGUCGACUAUGCAACGUAGAAGAUACGACCUGGUUCCCAUUUUACCGUAGCGACGGCAGCUUGCGGCUGGAAGAGAAACAUUUGGAAAUCAUUCGCAACUUAGCGUCGAUUUAUAUCAUGCCCAAGUACGACCACUCCGCAGUCGUAUGUGCCUAUUGCAUAAUGAAAAUCGAAGAAAUUGCCAACAUGAAAGAUAUUUGGCAACGAAAUGAACAACAAUUGGCAAAAGACCGUAUGCCUUCCGUGGAACCGACCGAACAAACUAUUAUCGAAGAUCCGGAAGCGGUCGAUAAAGGUGCAGAGAGCGAAGAGAACAAACCCGAACAGACACCGGGACACGAAAGUAUAAUUAUUGACGUAGAAUCGGAUGACUCGGAUGUGGAAAUCGUAUCGAUAGAACCCCCUGCUAAGCGGUAUAUAACGAGGAGCGAAACGGUGAAAUCGGAAUUGAUAGAGGAAGCUUUAAGUAUUAUAAGUCAACAGUUUGAUGAUUAAAAAAACUACAUGAGACCUGACCAGGAUUUUAAAAAAUGCAUUCGCAUUUAAUAUUUAUUUCGUAUUAAGCUGUAAGUUUUGUUGGACAUUUAGCUUCAUACAUUUCACAAUAAAAUGUAUCUUUUUCUAC